AAGAGAAAGAGAGGAAGAGAGAAAAAGACAUAUUUUGUUUUAAUUUAUUAUUAGUUUAUAUAUAUUUUUUAUUUAUAUUAUUAACCGAUAUAUUUUUUAAAUGUAAAUAUUAUUUAAAAAACUAUUAUUUCUGAAAAACGCGGCAUCUUUUACGUAAGCUGACGUGAUUGGGCAAUUUCUCGUGUUAUCUAUUACAAAUAAGUAAAAUACGAAGUCGAUAAUAAGCAUCAAUCAUCUCUACGCUACAAACAUUUCAAGAAAAAUAUGUUUAAUAGCAUAAAACAUUCAUUAAGAUAUAAUCCAAGUAAAUUUGGUUAUCAGUUAUUAGCACAUUUCUCAGCAGAAACAACAGUUAAAAGCGAUACAACGCAACGAGAAUGCACACGAAAUUCUUAUUCACAUAUCAUGUGUGGACAACCUACGUCGAUAACACAUCCCCACUUAAUAAAACAUGGAGAAGUACUGCCAGGUAUAUCGCUUCAGGAACUUGAGAGAAGACGUUCCAAGUUAGUAGAAAGCGUUACGCUAGCAAUGCAUACUAAGAAUAUACAUAGGCAACAAAUUGUCAUCAUACCUGCAUCGCACAAAAUCUACAUGUCCGACAAAAUACCAUAUGUCUUUCGACAAAAUACAGACUUUCUGUAUUUCUCUGGAUGCCAAGAACCAGAUAGUAUCUUAGUGCUCACAUGCAAGAAAGAUAAGUCCUCAUUCAUUUUAUUUGUGAGACCAAAAGACGAACAUUCAGAAUUAUGGGAUGGUCCAAGAACUAGCGUUGAAACAGCAGCUGAAAUAUUUGGAAUCGAUCAUGCUCUGCCGAUUACAAAAUUUGAACAAUUUAUGACUUCACUCAUUCUGGAGGAUAAGAAAAGCAUUAUAUGGUAUGAUCACGCUGAUAUUAUUCAACCGAUUUUACAUAAGAAGCUAUGCCAAUUGAUUAAACUGACGGACAAUCAAAUAUUUGCUUCUCCUAAGACUUUGUUUCAUCAAAUUCGCUUGAUCAAGAGCACUUGCGAAAUCAAUUUGAUGCGCGAAAGCUGUCAAAUAGCCUCUGACGCUAUUAUAAAAACAAUUCAAUCUUCAAAACCAGAGAUGAAUGAACAUCAGUUAUUCGCUACUGUAGAUUAUGAAUGUCGUAUGCGCGGAGCUGAAUAUUUGGCGUAUCCUCCUGUUGUAGCAGCGGGCAGGAAUGCAAAUAUAAUACAUUAUAUCAGUAAUAAUCAAAUUAUUCGAAAGGGUGAUUUGGUUUUAAUGGAUGCAGGCUGUGAAUAUCAUGGCUAUUCAUCCGAUAUAACGAGAACAUGGCCGAUUAGCGGAAAAUUUUCACCAGAGCAAAAAGUCCUUUACGAAAUAGUGCUUGAUGUGCAAAAAAAUUUAAUAGAGACCUUGAAAGACAUGCCUUCAUUGGACAAUGUAUUUCGUCAAAUGUGCUUUCUUCUGGGGAAAAGAUUACAAGAAAUUAAUUUGAUACCGAAGAACUUAGAUGAAGAGAAGUUGUUAACAGCCGCGUACACGUAUUGUCCGCAUCAUGUCAGCCAUUAUUUAGGAAUGGAUGUGCAUGACACAGGAAAGAUAUCCAGAAGCAUAAAGAUACAACCUGGAAUGAUAAUAACCAUAGAACCUGGUAUAUAUAUAAGCCCAAAAAAUCUUCAUGCACCAUCACACUUUCAUGGAUUAGGUAUUCGUAUAGAGGAUGAUAUCUUAGUGACAGAAAAUGGUUCAGAAGUUUUGACAAAAAAUUGUCCAAAGGAGAUAGCGGAAAUUGAAACACUAGCAAGUCAAAAUCAAGAAUUUUAAUGCUGACAAUUGAAAUAUCCAAUAUACAUGCAGUAAGGUGUUUUUUUAUUCACAUGUAUAUAAAAAAUAUAAGUAUAAAUGUGAUAUUUACAUAUUAA